UUUUAACCAUAAGCCACGCUUAACAUUUUAAACUAGAAAGUAGCAAAAUGUCAUCAACAACGGGAUCCAACAUUGCAAUGGCCAAGACCAUCGUAUCCACCAUUGGAACUAUUGCUGCCACGGCUAUGGUGGCACGUAGCAUAGCCCGAGAUUACGUGCCCCCUGAAAUCCAGAAUUACUUUUACCUCGGCCUCCACAACUUUUUCAGACGCUUCUCCAAUCAACUCACUAUGGUGAUCAAUGAGUAUGAUGGGAUCGUCAGCAAUGAAAUCUAUGAUGCUGCGGUGGUCUACGUAGGAUCAAAAGUAUCUCCCAACACGCGUCGUCUUAAAAUCACUAAACCAAAACAAGAAAACAACAUCUCACUCACCAUGGAGCGUGAUGAAAAGGUGAUUGAUACGUUCAAUGGUGUCGAAUUCAAGUGGACUUGGGUGUGCCAACAAAUGGAACAAUCCAAUACAUACUACUAUCGUAACCAGACGAGAUCAUUUCGAUCUGAAGUCAAAUUUUUCGAGCUCAAUUUUCACAAAAAACACAAACAACAAGCUCUCAAUUCAUACUUGCUAUUUGUUUUAAAAGAAGCUAAAAACAAGAAGCAAGAGGUCAAAACAUUAAAGAUAUUCACUCUUCACUCGGAAGACCAUUUUUCAUCGUCGGAUAGCUGGCAAUCAGUUAGUCUUGAUCAUCCAGCAACAUUCGAGACACUUGCGAUGGAUGUAGACCUCAAGGAGACAGUGAUGAAAGAUUUAGAGAGGUUCGUGGCGCGGAAAGAGAAGUAUAAGAAAGUCGGAAAGGCUUGGAAAAGAGGCUACUUAUUGUAUGGACCGCCCGGGACAGGGAAAUCUAGCCUAAUUGCAGCCAUGGCUAAUUAUUUAAAAUUUGACAUAUAUGAUUUGGAGUUGACGGAUUUGAGACGUAACUCGGAGCUCAGGAAGCUACUGAUUGCAACCGCGAACCGGUCCAUUUUGGUGGUGGAGGAUAUCGAUUGCAAUAUUGAGUUGCAAGACAGAGUGAGUGCAAAAUCCGAAGACAAAAAGCCUCACCGCCGAGAAGAAAACAGGGUCACGCUAUCAGGUUUUCUGAAUUUCAUAGAUGGACUAUGGUCAAGUUGUGGAGACGAGAGGAUCAUAAUAUUUACGACGAAUCACAAGGAGAAGCUGGACCCGGCUUUGUUACGCCCUGGUCGAAUGGAUAUGCACAUCCACAUGUCGUACUGCACUCCAUGCGGCUUCAGACUUCUGGCUGGCAAUUAUUUGGGAGUUGAGGAUCACAAGCUUUUUCGUGAGAUUGAGGAGUUGAUUCUGACUACAGAGGUGACUCCGGCCGAAGUGGCUGAGCAUCUACUAAAGAGUGAUGAGCCUGAUGUCUCGCUUGCUGGAUUAAUCAGUUUUGUUCAUACAAAGAGAAAGGAAAAUGAAAAGGCCGAAUUGGAGAAUGCAACAGAUAAGGUAGCAGAAUCUGUUCCAGAGGCAGGUCAAGACGGCGAAAAACAUGAUCAGCACAAAGAAAAUGGAGAGAUUCAGAAGCCGCGAGUAUAGUAAUCACAUUUUUCUCAUCUGUCCAAAUUUUACGACAUCAGAGGACAACACAAUAAUUUUGAAGCAUACUUAUAGCUUAUAGGACACAUAUCAAAGAUAACACCGCUCACUUCUGCAAGAUUGCAACUAAUAAAUUUGCAUUUCAUGCUUCUUCUAUGUCGUAAUUUCAUCACACACUUUCCUCUUCUCGGUAUCCCAUGUAAAAUUACACUUAAGUUUGUAUGUAUUACAUUUUUCUAAUGUACUACAUUGAAAGCUUAGUGAAGGAGUGAAGAUUAAACCUAAAGAAAAAUUAGUGUCGUCACUAGUCUUCCUCUGUU